GUGGUAACGAGCACGCACAGCCGCCGCGGCGCUUAUGGCGGGGCUGGGCGGUGCGCAGAUCCCCGACGGGGAGUUCACCGCGGUCGUGUACCGGCUCAUCCGGGAUGCCCGCUACGCCGAGGCGGUGCAGCUGCUGGGCGGAGAGCUCCAGCGGAGCCCGAGGAGCCGCGCCGGCCUGUCGCUGCUGGGCUACUGCUACUACCGGCUGCAGGAGUUCGCGCUGGCGGCCGAGUGCUAUGAGCAGCUGGGCCAGCUGCACCCGGAGCUGGAGCAGUACCGCCUGUACCAGGCCCAGGCCCUGUACAAGGCCUGCCUUUACCCGGAGGCCACCCGCGUCGCCUUCCUCCUCCUGGACAACCCCGCCUACCACAACCGAGUCCUCCGUCUCCAGGCCGCUAUCAAGUACAGCGAGGGCGACCUGCCCGGGGCCAGGAGCCUGGUGGAGCAACUACUGAGUGGGGAAGGGGGAGAAGACAGCGGGGGCGAGAAUGAGCUCGAUGGCCAGGUUAACCUGGGUUGUUUGCUCUACAAGGAGGGACAUUAUGAAGCCGCGUGUUCCAAGUUCUCUACGGCCCUGCAGGCUUCAGGCUACGGGCCUGACCUUUCCUACAACCUAGCUUUGGCCUAUUACAGCAGCCGGCACUAUGCCUCGGCGCUGAAGCAUAUCGCCGAUAUUAUUGAGCAUGGCAUCCGUCAGCACCCAGAGCUGGGUGUGGGCAUGACCACCGAGGGCAUUGACGUUCGAAGUGUUGGCAACACCUUAGUCCUUCACCAGACUGCUCUGGUGGAAGCCUUCAACCUCAAGGCUGCCAUAGAAUACCAAUUGAGAAACUAUGAGGUGGCCCAGGAAACCCUCACUGACAUGCCACCUAGGGCAGAGGAAGAAUUAGACCCUGUGACACUGCACAACCAGGCGCUAAUGAACAUGGAUUCCAGGCCUACAGAAGGAUUUGAAAAGCUACAGUUUUUGCUGCAACAGAACCCCUUUCCUCCAGAGACCUUUGGCAACCUGUUGCUGCUCUACUGUAAAUAUGAAUAUUUUGACCUGGCAGCAGAUGUCCUGGCAGAGAAUGCCCAUUUGACUUACAAGUUCCUCACACCCUAUCUCUACGACUUCUUGGAUGCCAUGAUCACCUGCCAGACAGCUCCUGAAGAGGCUUUCAUUAAGCUGGAUGGGCUGGCAGGGAUGCUGACUGAACAGCUCCGGAGACUCACUAAACAAGUGCAGGAAGCAAGACACAACAGGGAUGAUGAGGCUGUCAAAAAGGCAGUGAAUGAGUAUGAUGACACCCUUGAGAAGUAUAUUCCCGUAUUGAUGGCCCAGGCCAAAAUCUACUGGAACCUUGAAAAUUACCCAAUGGUGGAAAAGAUCUUCCGCAAAUCAGUGGAAUUCUGUAGUGACCAUGAUGUGUGGAGGCUGAAUGUGGCUCAUGUUCUGUUCAUGCAGGAAAACAAAUACAAAGAAGCCAUAGGUUUUUAUGAGCCCAUCGUCAAGAAGCAUUAUGACAACAUCCUGAAUGUCAGUGCUAUCGUGCUGGCUAACCUGUGUGUUUCAUAUAUUAUGACAAGUCAAAAUGAAGAAGCCGAGGAGUUGAUGAGGAAGAUUGAAAAGGAGGAAGAGCAGCUCUCCUAUGAGGACCCGGACAAGAAAAUCUACCAUCUCUGCAUUGUGAAUUUGGUGAUAGGGACACUUUAUUGUGCCAAAGGAAACUAUGACUUUGGAAUUUCUCGGGUUAUCAAGAGCUUGGAACCUUAUAGUAAAAAACUGGGAACUGAUACCUGGUAUUAUGCCAAAAGAUGCUUCCUGUCCUUAUUAGAAAAC